CGCUGGCUGCCUGCAAGAGAAUGUUACACCAGUGGGAUCCUCCUCUUAGCAGGUUGUGUUUAAAAGUCAAAGUCUCGGCCCCCUGGUGCUCUCUCACUGAGUUUCAAGCUGAAGGUCAGCAUCUGAAGAUCCAGUUAGAAUCAGAACAGGAGGAGUUAACCAGCAAGGAGCAGCAGCCCGGACAGAAUCAAGACCCAAACAGAGCAGAACUGACCACAGCAUGUCUCUGACCCAGACCCUGUGUCUGCUGGUGCUGCCCAGCCUGCUGAACGCACUGAGCUACAAUUACGAGGACUAUGCAGAUUCCUACUACAACCAGAUCUCUGACACUGAGCAGCAGGGAGCAGGAACCACCUCCAGUCCUUGUGGAAGUCGUGAUCAGACCCGCUGGGAUAAACUCUUCAUCAUGCUGGAGGACUCCCACAUGAGGCAGAACAUGAUCCUGGAGGCCUGUGAGGAGCAGAUGAAGAGGCUCAGAGAGGAGGUCCAGAGCAAGCCCUGCAUGAGCACCUCCCCAGAGGAGUACUGCACGGCUCUCGAUCAGCGUCUGGAUCGCAGGCUGGAGGCAGUCAUAGCAGAAGCGAAACAGGUGGCCAACAAAUUGCAAGAACAGUGUAGCUCCUCCCUUCAGCACCUGGAGAACUUCACCGGACUGCAGACUGGUCGUCUGGAGAAGCUGGAAAACGGAUACCUGGGACAAGUGAUGAUGAAAACACAACAAGAGACAAAUGGAGGGAAGCUGGAGCAAGCACUAAUGACUACGGUGUCUGACCUGCAGAAAGUUCACACCCAGCUGGCUGCGCUCCAGCGGGUCGCCGCCCACCGCUACCUGCCCUCAGGCUGUGAGAUGGCUCUGCUGUUUCCGAUGCGGUCUAAGCACAGUUUUGCGGAGGCGAUGGUGUCGCCCUCCCUGACCGGUCUGUCUGUCUGUCUGUGGGUGAGGGUGACCGAGGCGCUGGACAGAACCGUGCUGUUCUCCUAUAGCAGUGAGAGGAACCCUCAAGAGUUUCAGCUGCUGCUGAACAGAAACACUCUCACCUUCAGCAUCAGUGAAGAACUGGCUGCUGUUCAGGCCCAUGGCACCGGGUCAGCGGGUCAGUGGAGGCAUUACUGUGCAUUAUGGGGAUCAGAGGGGGGCGUGGCCUCGCUCUGGGUGGAUGGUCAGCAGGUGUCCAGUUUGUCUGCAGUGGCACGGGGCCACAGGCUACCUGAGGGGGGCGCUGUUCUGCUAGGCCAGGAGAAGAGCUUCUCAGGAAUGUACAGAGACAUGGACCCUACUGUUGCCUUCACUGGCAAACUUACCGCCGUCAACAUGUGGAGCUACCCACUGCACCCAGAUAAGAUAAAGAAACUGGCCAAUCAGGAUGGAGCCUGUGAUGAGCGGGGGGAUGUGAUUGGCUGGGGGGUUUCAGAGAUCAUUCCACAUGGGGGAGUUCAAUACAUUAACUGACCCAUAAACUGUUUACUCCUCACACCAUACACUCCAUGUAUACACACCUCUCACACCAUACAGGUAUAAUAUACACACUGUUCACUCCUCACCCCAUACAGGUUACAUUUGCAUACCAUUCACUCCUCACUUAAUAUACAUACACAGCGUUUACUCCUCCUACACAGUCUACAUACAGGAAAAAAAUAAGAGACCACUUAAAAAUUAUGAGUUUCUUGAUUUUACUAAAUUGAAAACCUUUUGCACCAGGAGUGCAUAAAGUUAUCCAAAAGCAGUGUGUAAGACUGGUGGAGGAGAACAUGCCAAGAUGCAUGAAAACUGAAAUUAAAAACCACCAAAUAUUGAUUUCUAAACUCUUGAAACUUAAUUAAUAUGAACGUGUUUUCUUUGUAUUAUUUGAGGUCUGCAUCUUUUUUGUUAUUUCAGCCAAUUUCUGCAAAUAAAUGCUCUAAAUUACAAUGUUUAUUGUUGUCUGUAGUUUAUAGAAUAAAACAACAAUUUUCAUUUUACUCAAACAUUACCUAUAAAUAGAAAAAUCUGAUUCUCUUAUUUUUUUCCACAGCUGUAUAUACACAGUUCACUCCUCACUAUACAGUCCAUAUAUACUUCUUACUCCAUACAGUCUGCAGAUAUGAACAGUUCACACCAAAAACCCAGGUAUACAUACCUCUCACACUAUACAGGCCUAACAAACGCACUGUUCACUUCUCACUGCAUACAGUCUAGAUAUACAGUUUUCACUCCCACUGCACAAUGUCCACACAAUACACAAUGUCCAUGUCCAUGGAUUCACACUAUUCACUCACUGCAUACAUUCGGAAUACACACUGUUCACUUACUGCAUACACAACUACAUAAACAGCUGAUUAUGUCUUUGUUGUUUUACAAAGUCCCACCCACUCACACUUUAAAAUAUAAGAACUGCUUUCAGAAUGUGGAUUUUUAUGAUAAAUAAAAAGAAAUAAUAAUUUUGUAUGA